CAUGUGGAUUGUGAUGUGUGUAUCGAACUUAGUCUUAUUAUUUUUUAGGGUAAAUCUUGAAAAGUCAGAAUGGUUAUCAAAGAGUGGUGUAAAGUUACGCCUGCUUUAUCGCCGCCAGUCUUAAAUUGCAUUGAUAAGCAGGGAUUUAAGAUAAUGACGCCGAUACAAGCGGCUGUUAUCCCUCUUAUUUUGUCAUGCAAAGAUGUAGUAGCAGAAGCCGUUACUGGUUCCGGUAAAACGCUAGCAUUCGUUGUUCCUAUGCUGGAGAUGCUAAUCAAACGAGAAAAAGAAACACCGCUUAGAAAAGACUUUGUUUAUGCAGUUGUCAUAUCGCCUACAAGAGAAUUAGCUACACAAAUUUUUAGGGUAAUAGAAGAAUUUCAAAAAGAACCAGAGUUAAAGCAUUUAACGCUAUCCCUGCUUGUGGGAGGCAGACCCAUAGAAGUAGAUGCCGAAAGUAUGAAGAAAGGAGCACAGAUAGUAGUUUGCACUCCUGGGCGAUUUCAGGAUUUAUUAGCUGAAAGAAAAUAUCUUAAUUUACCUGGAAGACUCAAAGACCUGGAUUUUUUAGUUCUGGAUGAAGCAGAUCGUCUUCUGGACUUAGGUUUCAGUGCUACUCUCACAACCAUAUUGCAAUACUUGCCCCGGCAACGUCGCACUGGUCUCUUUUCCGCAACACAGACAAAAGAACUCCAAGAUCUUGUCAGAGCUGGUCUAAGAAACCCCGUUUUAAUUAGCGUUAAAGAAAAAUCAUCAAUCAGUACUCCAAUUGCAUUAGAAAAUUAUUAUGUAAUAGUGCAGCCGGAGGAUAAAUUUUUAUUUCUACUUAACUUUAUAAGAAACAGGAAAAUUUCGAAAGGUCUUUUCUUUUUACCAACUUGUGCCUGUGUCGAUUACUGGGCAGAUGUACUUCCAGCACUGCUGCCUGAUUUAAAAAUAUUCUUCAUACAUGGGAAAAUGAAGUUAAAACGAAAUAAAAUACUGGAAAAAUUUAGAGCCGCUGAGAAAACAAUCUUACUGUGUACUGAUUUAAUGGCGAGAGGGCUAGACAUCCCCGAGGUGCAGUGGGUGCUGCAGUGGGAGCCACCUAGCAGCCCGGCGGCGCUUGUGCACCGCGCGGGGCGCACGGCGCGCGGGGGGGCACGAGGCUGCUCGCUGCUGCCUCUGCUGCCGGCAGAGGACGCCUACGUACCUUUUAUUCGCGCUAACCAGCGCGUGGAACUCGUGGACUGGAGAAGCUCAACCGACGAAAUAAAGAUCACGCAGAAGCUAAGAGAUAAAGUCCUUUCUAUACUUCACGAACAACAGAAGAGUGACAGAGCGGUUCUAGACAAAGGUCAACGCGCCUUCGUUUCUCAUAUAAGAGCGUAUUCCAAACAUGAAUGCAACCUUCUUCUACAAUUAAAAGAACUACCCCUAGGCCACAUUGCCACCAGCUAUGGACUAUUGAAACUGCCAUUGAUGCCAGAGAUAAAGGAAGAACAUAAGAAACAGUUUGUUGGGCCAAAAGAUAAGAUAGAUUACAAUAGCAUACCGUACAAAGAUAAACAGAAAGAAGCAAGUCGAUUGCAGAAGUUAGAAGAAUACAAAAAGACGGGCAUGUGGCCCUCUAAGAAGAAAAAGAAAAUGUUAAAAACACAGCCAUGGGAAUUAGCGAAACAAAAUAAGCUCGAGAAUAAAGAGAAAAGAAAGAAGCGGAAAGAGUUAAAAAAGAAGCACAAAGAAGAAGGCAAAAGUGGCAAAAAGAGGAAAGCAGUAACGCAAGAAGAAUUAAACGAACUGGCGGCCGAUGUGGCUUUGAUCAAGAAGCUUAAAAAGAGGAAAAUUACUAAAGAACAAUUUGAUGAAGCUUUCGACGUAGAUAAAUAAAUAUUUUACGAAUUAA